AUGAGAGAUUAUUUUUGGUCAGAUAUCGGUAAUGGUACUAGGAUUUCGGCUUGGUAUGAUACUUGGUGUGAUCUAGGGCCGCUCGGGGAUUUUAUAUCGCCUAUAACUAUUGCUAGUGCGGGAUUCAGAUUGGAGGCCUCUGUUUCUGACAUUCAGUUGAAUGGAGAGUGGAAAUGGCCUGUUGCUUGGAGAGACUUAUUCCUAGUUCUAAUCCAGCUAGAUCAAUUCUGCAUCACCCCGAACAAACCUGAUAGAUUCAUGUGGCGUGAUGGUAAUGAUCGGAAAGCUUUUUCGACCUCGUGUGUGUGGAACUCGGUUUGUUAUAAGGAAACGGACGUAGAAUGGAGCACUAUUGUUUGGUUUGCUCAAUGUAUCCCGUGGCAUGCGUUUCUUAUGUGGCUGAUCAUGCGAGUUGAGGAUGUCAGCAUCGGGGAAAACAAGGCUCCGGGGCCUGAUGGGUUCACUUCAGCCUUCUUUAAGCAUGCUUGGGAUACUGUCGGUGAGGAAGUUACUGACGCGAUUCUUGCUUUCUUUGAUAAUGGCCAAUUGCUUAAACAGAUUAAUCACACGAUCAUUGCAUUGGUGCCUAAAAAGGAGACUCCAAAUUCGGUUCUUGAUUAUAGACCGAUUUCUUGUUGUAAUGUGCUAUUCAAAUGCAUUAGUAAAAUCACCACUGAUAGACUUAAAGGCUAUUUGGAUGGCUUGGUCAGCAUAAACCAAUCGGCAUUCGUUCCUGGUCGUAAGAUUUCUGAUAACAUCCUCCUCACGCAAGAACUUAUGCACAAUUAUCAUACCAAUAGAGGACCUUCUAGAUGUGCUUUGAAAAUCGACAUUCAGAAGGCAUAUGAUACAGUUAACUGGUCUUUCCUUGAAUCUGUUUUACUGCGGUUUGGCUUUCAUCGGAAAAUGGUUAAGUGGAUUAUGACUUGUGUCUCCACGGUAUCGUAUUCCCUUUGCAUCAAUGGUGACAUUCAUGGCUUCUUCUAUGGGAAGCGGGGCCUUAGACAAGGGGACCCCUUGUCUCCGUAUUUGUUUAUGCUAGUUAUGGAAGUCUUGUCUCUUCUCCUUCAACAUGCAGCGAGAACUCAUGCGUCGUUUAAAUUUCACUCUCUAUGUGCUAAGCAAAGGAUUAUAAAUGUUUCAUUUGCGGAUGAUCUCUUCAUUUUUGCUCAUGGUGAUAGGCCCUCGGUUAAAGUUUUAAGGGAUGCUCUUGGUAGUUUUACAAAGAUUUCGGGUUUGGUUCCAAGUGCUCCUAAGAGAAGGCUUCAACUGAUCAAUUCGGUUCUGGCUUCUAUGUACACAUAUUGGGCUUCUGUUUUUAUGCUUCUGGUUCGUAUUGUUAAGGAGCUUGAAAAGACUAUGCGUCGGUUUCUUUGGAAUGGUGGUAUCCAGGGGAAUGUUUGUUCAAAAGUUGCUUGGUCCAAUGUUUGUUUGCUGAAAGAAGAAGGGGGUCUGGGCGUCCGCAGUAUUAAAGAUGUGAACAUUGCGUUACUUUCUUGCCAUGUAUGGAGUAUUAUCAAUAAUCGUCCUUCUCUUUGGGUCCAAUGGAUUCAUUCCUACAAAUUGAAAGGUACGAACUUCUGGGAGGUGACGAAACGUGGUAGUGUAAGCUGGGGAUGGAGACAUAUUCUUGCAAUUCGUAAUCACAUAAGGCCUUAUAUUUUGAUGUCUAUCCUGAGCGGUCGGCAAACGAAUGCUUGGAGUGAUAACUGGUGUUCUUGUAGUCCUCUCAGAUCCUUUAUUACUCCUCGGGCUAUAGCCAAUGCGGGUUUUAACCGUCGGUCUUCCGUUGCGGAUCUUAUUGAUGAUAUCGGCCAAUGGAAAUGGCCUCAAGCUUGGUUGGAUCUUUUCCCGGUUCUUAUAAACAUUCCUCCACCGCAUCCUUUAGUUGAUAUGGCUGAUCGAUGUCGUUGGAAAGAUAUGGAGGGGAACUUUUAUCAAAUUCGAUCUUGGGAAGUUUGGAAUACUCUGCGUCAUAGGGGUGAUAGGGUCGAUUGGGUUGACUCGAUUUGGUUCAGUCAAUGCAUUCCUCGGCAUUCCUUCCAUAUGUGGUUAGUGAUAAAUAAUAAGUUAAAGACGCAAGACAGGAUGGCUACUUGGGAAGCGGGUAGUGUUACAAAUCUGAUUCUUAUGUGUUGUCCUCUUUGUUACCAUGAUCGAGAUUCUAGAGACCACCUUUUCUUUCAAUGCUCCUUUGCCUCGAAAGUUUAG